AUGCUCAUGGCUCUCUCCAUGGUCUUCGGUGCUGGAUGUGUGAUGGUUGCCACUUGGUCAUGCAGCGCCACUGUCGAUGAGGCCUCCCGCUCUGCAGACCUGCUGCUCAAGGCGCUGCUUGCUCCCAUAUUCGGUUAUUCCAGGGCCAACGAGUUGAGGAUCCAGCUGCAGCUGUUCCUGCAACAGGUGCAGCACCGCCGGCCACGUUUCACGGCCUGUGGGCUCUUCACCAUCGAUCUGUCAAUCCUCUCGACAAUGGUAGCAGCUGUUAUCUCCUAUCUUAUCAUAAUUGUUCAGUUUCAGAUUAGUAACACGAAUGAAUCUGGUGAGAAGUGUAGUUACUUGGUCAUUAUACUAACAAUUAUAAUGAUAGUAACAAUAAUAAAAAUAACAAAAGCAAUGAUAAUAAUUCAUUUGUAG